UUACCAUGUCAUGUUUCAGUUACGAUCUCUUUCUACCCAACACAGCUACUUGUGCCAGCGAUGAGUUCACCUGCGAAGCCGAGGGAACCUGUAUAGAUAACACGCAGCUCUGUGACUUCAUACCUGAUUGUAGGGUGUCCCAAGCAGAUGAAACAGAAGACCUCUGCAAGGUCUCCUCAUUAACAGUGGAACAGGUUGUGUCUCUCAGAAGGAACAACACAUGGACGACGCCUGCUACCUACCCGACAAGAGACGGAACUGUAGAGACACCUCUGGACUACAUCCUCUAUCAGCUAUCGGUGACCGGUUCAUCUGCGACAACCUCACACAUUCUCAUCAACCUUGUGUUUGUGGAGUUCGCCGGCAAUGAUUCUUCCAUAUUGAUAGGACGUGGGCAUGACCCUGUGCAGGCACUAUACGACAAUGAUGGACCACUGCUGAGUGUUGAAAAUGGAAUAUGGCGUAACGCUGUAUUAUCCAUUACCACACCAGACAAUGAGGCUUACAUAUUGCUUAGGAAAGCCCCAGGAGAUAACGUGGAGAUUAACAUCGAACUUAGCGCAUUCCAAUGUUUACCUGAGGGCGCUAUAGCAUGUAAGCGCUCUGCUGAAUGUUACCUGGAGAGUGAAGCCUGUGAUGACAUAGAACAGUGUCCGGGGGGAGACGACGAAGAUGGAUGUUCAACCCCUGAUGAAUGUCACAACUGUACAACCGCCUGGGCAGAGAACACAUGCCUGCCCUCUUACUGGGUUUGUGACGGCACUCAAGAUUGCCUGGACAACUCGGAUGAAAACGAAUGUCCAACCUGCUUUGAAUGUGAAUCUAGCUACAAAUGUGUCAAAGAUCCGGAAUAUGUUUGCGAUGGUGUCGAUGAUUGCUAUAACGGAGAGGAUGAAUUAAACUGCACAACAACCCCUCCAUCAAACUCCUCCUGCUUUGAAUGUGAGUCUGACUUUGGAUGUGUUGUGGAUCCAGACUGGGUUUGUGAUCGUGUAAAAGAUUGCUCUAAGGGAGAGGAUGAAAUGAACUGCCCAGCAACCAUCUUUCCCUGCUUUGAAUGUGAGUCUGACUUUGCAUGUAUUUUGGAUCCAACCUGGGUUUGCGAUGGUGACGAUGAUUGCUAUAACGGAGAGGAUGAAUUCAACUGCACUGUUACCCCUCCAAAAAACUCCUCCUGCUUUGAUUGUGCAUCUGACUAUUGUGUUAUCGAUGAAUGGGUUUGUGAUGGUGACGAUGAUUGCUUUAAUGGAGAGGAUGAAUUAAACUGCACUGCAAAAUGCUUUGAAUGUGCAGCUGACUAUUGUGUUUUCCAUGAAUGGAUUUGUGAUGGUGAAGAUGAUUGCUAUAACGGAGAGGAUGAAUUAAAUUGCACAGGUACAGAGAAUUGUCCUGAUGCUUCAUUUGCCUGCCCUGAGCCAGACUCAACAUGUAUUGAAGAGACACUACUGUGUGACUUUAUACCACACUGCAGAGCUUCAGGAUCAGACGAAACAGAAGAACUUUGUAUGGUCUCACAAAUAUCAGAGGAUAUAAGUGUUCCAUUCAAUGAGUAUAGAUGGUUAAUAACCCCUGAUGCCUAUCCUAGUCGGGACAUUAAUACCACCAAGGACUAUCUUCUUUACCGUGCAUCGAGUCCACCAAACUCACAUUUGCUGAUUGAGAUCAUAAAGGUGGUCUUUGAUGGUGACGAUUCAUCCUUGACUAUUGGCACUGGUCAUGACCCUGUCCAGGCAUUCUACGACGAUGGCUUACUGUUGGGUUUCUCCCGUUAUUUCAUAUGGAAUGAUACUGUGCCAUUCCGUGGAUCAACACCUGGGAAUGAGGCAUAUAUCUUACUUGAGAGAGCGCCAGGAGGAAACGUCAACAUGUCCCUGAGACUUAGUGCAUUCCAAUGUGCGAGAGAAGAUGAUAUCCCAUGUACCUACUCCAACGAUUGUUAUCAAGAGAGUGAGAUCUGUGAUGGUGUGGUGCAGUGUGAACUCAGCCAGGAGGAUGAAACCGAUUGCACAUCGCCUACUCCCGAUUCUUGCCAUAACUGUACUACUGCCUGGGCUGAAGAUACCUGUUUGCCUACUUCCUGGGUUUGUGAUGGAAGUGCUGAUUGCCUUGAUGAAUCAGAUGAACUUGAUUGUCUUACUCCUCCAACAAACUCCCCCUGCUUUGAUUGUGCAUCUCUUUAUUGUGUCAUCGAUGAAUUUGUUUGCGAUGGAGCCGAUGAUUGCUUUAACGGAGAGGAUGAAUUAAACUGCACAAGUACACCUCUUCCAUGCUUCCAGUGUGAUUCAGAUUGGUCUUGUGUUUAUGAUUCUUGGGUUUGUGAUGGUGUUGCCGACUGUUACAAUGGAGAAGACGAAGCUGGUUGCAACGAUUGUGGAGAAGACGAGUAUUCGUGUUUCUUUGAUGAUACUACAUGUUUCAAUGCAAGCGAUGUAUGUGAUGGAAUAUAUGACUGCCCUAGUGGUGCAGAUGAAUUUAACUGUACAGGAUGUCUUGCCUGUAGUUAUACCUCUGAUUGUCUGAUUGGCCUGCAAGUCUGUAACUUCUAUAAUGAUUGUCCAGGAGGAGAAGAUGAAACAGAGGGUCUCUGCAACCACUCUCAAUUUAUUGACAAUAUUGAGAUUAAGACUGGAGAGUGGCAGCUCUUUAGUGAAGGUUAUGUAUCAGAGAGGAUUCUUGAUGAUCGUGAUACACCAGCUAGUAACAUCUAUGAUUUUACUCAUUAUGGCUUCAACUCAGAUCCUGGAACCACGCUUUAUAUCGAGAUACAGAAUUUGACAGUGUCUCUGUCUGGCUCUCUUGUACCCCUGGUUCGUAUCUCCUUUGGAUCUGGAGCCGACCCGACGGACCUUAAUGCUACCCGAGCAUAUGUAGAUGGAUAUGGGAAUGCAGCAAGCAUCAGCAACUCCAUGAACUUCUCCCUUACCAAUAAUACAGGCUUUCUUUUAAUUGCCAUUCCAAAAACUGUCAUUGGCAUCUUCAAUAUCAUAUUCAGAGUCACAGCUAUCGAAUGCGUGGGCCCUGAGGUGGCAUGUUAUGGCUCCCCUCACUGCUAUGACUGGUUGGAUGAUACAUGCGAUGGAGAAAUCCAAUGUGUGGAUAGCGGGGAAGAUGAGUUUGGGUGUGAAGUUACCCCUCCAACAAACUCCCCCUGCUUUGAUUGUGCAUCUCGUUAUUGUGUUAUCGAUGAAUUCGUUUGCGAUGGUGACGAUGAUUGCUUUAACGGAGAGGAUGAAUUAAACUGCACAAGUACACCUCUUCCAUGCGUCCAGUGUGAUUCAGAUUGGUCUUGUGUUUAUGAUUCUUGGAUUUGUGAUGGUGUUGCCGACUGUUACAAUGGAGAAGACGAAGCUGAUUGCAACGAUUGUGGAGAAGACGAGUAUCCAUGUUUCUUUGAUGAUACUACAUGUUUCAAUGCAAGCGAUGUAUGUGAUGGAAUAUAUGACUGCCCUAGUGGUGCAGAUGAAUUUAACUGUACAGGAUGUCUUGCCUGUAGUGAUACCUCUGAUUGUCUAAUCGGCCUGCAAGUCUGUAACUUCUAUAAUGAUUGUCCAGGAGGAGAAGAUGAAACAGAGGGUCUCUGCAACCACUCUCAAUUUAUCGACAAUAUUGAGAUUAAGACUGGAGAGUGGCAGCUCUUUAGUGAAGGUUAUGUAUCAGAGAGGAUUCUUGAUGAUCGUGAUACACCAGCUAGUAACAUCUAUGAUUUUACUCAUUAUGGCUUCAACUCAGAUCCUGGAACCACGCUUUAUAUCGAGAUACAGAAUUUGACAGUGUCUCUGUCUGGCUCUCUUGUACCCCUGGUUCGUAUCUCCUUUGGAUCUGGAGCCGACCCGACGGACCUUAAUGCUACCCGAGCAUAUGUAGAUGGAUAUGGGAAUGCAGCAAGCAUCAGCAACUCCUUGAACUUCUCCCUUACCAAUAAUACAGGCUUUCUUUUAAUUGCCAUUCCAAAAACUGUCAUUGGCAUCUUCAAUAUCAUAUUCAGAGUCACAGCUAUCGAAUGUGUGAGCCCCGAAGUAGCAUGUAAUGGCUCCCCUCACUGCUACAACUUGUUUGAUGAUAUAUGUGAUGAAGAAAUCCAAUGUCUGGAUAGCCAGGAGGAUGAGUACGGUUGUGAAGCAACCCCCCCAGCAAACUCCACCUGCUAUGAUUGUGAGUCUUCCUUUCCGUGUGUUGAAGAUCCAGAAUGGAUUUGCGAUGGAUACAGUGAUUGCUAUAACGGAGAGGAUGAGAUGAACUGCACGGUGAAUUGCUUUGAGUGCCAAACGCAUCCUUUCUAUGGUAACUGCAUUGGGUGGGACUCUGUCUGUGACGGCGAGAUUGAUUGCUUCAAUGGCACUGAUGAAGUAGAUUGUGAUGGUACACCUCUUCCAUGCUUCCAGUGUGAUUCAGAUUGGCCUUGUGUUCCUGAGGCUUGGGUUUGUGAUGGUUUUGGGGACUGUUACAAUGGAGUAGACGAAGCUGGUUGCAACGAUUGUGGGGAAGACGAGUAUCUGUGUUUCUUUGAUGAUACUACAUGUUUCAAUGCAAGCGAUGUAUGUGAUGGAAUAUAUGACUGCCCUAGUGGUGCAGAUGAAUUUAACUGUACAGGAUGUCUUGCCUGUAGUAAUACCUCAACAUGUCUGAUUGGCCUGCAAGUCUGUAACUUCUACAAUGAUUGUCCAGGAGGAGAGGAUGAAACAGAGGGUCUCUGCAACCACUCUCAAUUUAUUGAAAAUGUUGACAUUCAGACUGGAGAGUGGCAGCUCUUUAGUGAAGGAUAUGUAUCAGAGAGGAUUCUUGAUGAUCGUGAUACACCAGCUAGUAACAUCUAUGAUUUUACUCAUUAUGGCUUCAACUCAGAUCCUGGAACCACGCUAUAUAUCGAGAUACAGAAUUUGACAGUGUCUCUAGAUCUGUCUGGCCUUCUUUUAUCUCUGGUUCGUAUCUCCUUUGGAUCUGGAGCCGACCCGACAGACAUUAAUGCAACCCGAGGAUAUGUAGAUGGAUAUGGGAAUGUAGGAAGCAUCAGUGAAUCCAUGAACUUCUCCCUUACCAAUAAUACAGGCUUUCUUUUAAUUGCCAUUCCAAAAACUGUCGCUGGCAUCUUCAAUAUCAUAUUCAGAGUCACAGCUAUCGAAUGCGUGGGCCCUGAGGUGGCAUGUAAUGGCUCCCCUCACUGCUAUGACUGGUUCUAUGAUACAUGCGAUGGAGAAAUCCAAUGUCUGGAUAGCGGGGAAGAUGAGUACGGGUGUGAAGCAACCCCACCAGGAAACUACUCCUGCUUUGAAUGCGAAUCUAAAUAUGAAUGUGUUUAUGAUCCAUACUGGGUUUGCGAUGGAAAAAGUGAUUGCAAUAACGGAGAGGAUGAGAUGAACUGCACAGCAUCUUGCUUUGAGUGUCAAACACAUCCUGAUGAAAAUAACUGCAUUGAUUUUGACUGGGUCUGUGACAAGGAGAUUGAUUGCUUUGAUGGCUCUGACGAAUCAGAUUGUGAUGUUUCACCUCUUCCAUGCAUCUCGUGUGAGUCAGCUUAUCCUUGUGUUCCUGUGUCUUGGGUUUGUGAUCGUGAUGUAGACUGUUACAAUGGACAAGAUGAACUUAACUGCGAUUCUGGUAAUUCAAGCUGCUUCUUUUGUGAGAACUCUGGAGACUGUGUACCAUGGGAUUAUGUUUGUGAUGGUGACUAUGAUUGCUAUGACACAUCAGAUGAAAAGAAUUGCAACACAACUUCCGAUCCAGAGUGCUUUCCAUGUUACUCAGACAGAUGUGUACAGCUUGAAUGGGUUUGUGAUGGUGAGGCAGAUUGCCGUGAUGGAUCAGAUGAACGAGAAUGCGAUUCAACGGGACUCCCCUGUUUUGAGUGUGCAACAGAUGCGUAUCAGUGUGUUCAUCUGGACUAUGUAUGUGAUGAAGGGACUGACUGUGAUGACGGGUCAGAUGAAUGGAACUGCACGUAUUGCUUCGAGUGCCCAUCACAUCCUGACUAUAAUAACUGCCUUAAGUGGGAUUUUGUCUGUGAUGGCGAGAUUGAUUGCUUCGAUGGCACCGAUGAAUUAGAUUGUGAUGCCUCACCCCUUCCAUGCGUCCAGUGUGAUUCACCUUGGCCUUGUGUUCCUGAGUCGUGGGUUUGUGAUGGUGGGGCGGACUGUUACAAUGGAGAAGACGAAGCUGGUUGCAACGAUUGUGGAGAAGACGAGUAUCCGUGUUUCUUUGAUGAUACUACAUGUUUCAAUGCAAGCGAUGUAUGUGAUGGAAUAUAUGACUGCCCUAGUGGUGCAGAUGAAUUUAACUGUACAGGAUGUUUUGCCUGUGGGAAUACCUCGACAUGUCUGAGUGACCUGCAAGUCUGUAACUUCUAUAAUGAUUGUCCAGGAGGAGAAGAUGAAACGGAGGGUCUCUGCAACCACUCUCAAUUUAUUAAAAAUGUUGACAUUCAGACUGGAGAGUGGCAGCUCUUUAGUGAAGGUUAUGUAUCAGAGAGGAUUAUUGAUGAUCGUGAUACACCAGCUAGUAACAUCUAUGAUUUUACUCAUUAUGGCUUCAACUCAGAUCCUGGAACCACGCUAUAUAUGGAGAUACAGAAUUUGACAGUGUCUCUGUCUGGCCUUCUUGUGCCCCUGGUUCAAAUCUAUGCUGGAUCUGGAGCCGACCCGACAGACCGUGGUGCAGCCCGAGGAUAUAUAGAUGGCUAUGGGAAUGCAGCAAGCAUCAGUGACUCCAUGAACUUCUCCCUUACCAAUAAUACAGGCUUUCUAUUAAUUGCCAUUCCAAAAUCUGUCGCUGGCAUCUUCAAUAUCAUAUUCAGAGUCACAGCUAUCGAAUGUGUGAGCCCCGAUGUAGCAUGUAAUGGCUCCCCUCAUUGCUACAACUUGUUCGAUGACAUAUGUGAUGAAGAAAUCCAAUGUGUGGAUAGCGGGGAAGAUGAGUUUGGGUGUGAAGCAACCCCGCCAGCAAACUCCACCUGCUAUGAUUGUGAGUCUGCCUUUCUGUGUGUUAAAGAUCCAGAAUGGAUUUGCGAUGGAUGGAGUGAUUGCGAUAAUGGAGAGGAUGAGAUGAACUGCCCAGCAUCUUGCUUUGAGUGCCAAACGCAUCCUUCCUCUGAUAACUGCAUUGAUUUUGACUCUGUCUGUGACGGCAAGAUUGAUUGCUUCAAUGGCACUGACGAAUUAGAUUGUGAUGGUACACCUCUUCCAUGCGUCCAGUGUGAUUCAGAUUGGCCCUGUGUUCGUGAGUCUUGGGUUUGUGAUCGUGAAGAAGACUGUUACAAUGGAGAAGAUGAACUCAACUGCGUUCCUGGUAAUUCAAGCUGCUUCUUCUGUGAGAACUCUGGAGACUGCGUAUCAUGGGAUUAUGUUUGCGAUGGUGCAUAUGAUUGCUAUGACACAUCAGAUGAACAGAAUUGCAACACAACGUCCGAUCCAGAGUGCUUUCCAUGUUGGUCAUACUUCUGUGUAGAGUUGGAAUAUGUUUGUGAUGGUGACCUAGAUUGCCGUGAUGGAUCAGAUGAACGAGAUUGCAAUUCAACGGAACCCAUCUGCUUCCAGUGUGCAACAGAUGUGUAUCAGUGUAUUGAUCUGGACUAUGUAUGUGAUGAAGGGACUGACUGUGAUGACGGGUCAGAUGAAUGGAACUGCACUAGUUGCGAAUUGAAUGAAUUCCGUUGUAAUCGAGGCGGUGAAUGCAUCGGGUCUGAGUCUGUUUGCAACCUGGCCCCAGAAUGCACCUUUGCUGAAGAUGAGAUGAGCUGUGGCUAUGAUGACAUCUCAACUGAGGUAUGGGUGGUCGCUGGUGAAUCGUAUGACGUUAAUACGAUAGAGCUUCAGCCCGUGGGGGACAAUAUCAAAGCAGCUCUGUGGCAUUUCUUUGCCCCUAACAGCUCCUACGUCCUGUUCUUUGACGUAUCUUCCUCCUACGCCCUUCCCGAUGACGCUGAAGCGGUCUUUGGCGAAGGAACAGACUUCCUCGGCUCACGCACUGCCAGCUACUAUCGCUGGGGCUCUAUCACCAAGUUCUCAAGGCAUGACUUCUUUGUGCUGAGCCAUGAAGCCUUUGUGUCAGUGGACGUUCCACUGACAGAGUCGGCUCCUGUCACGCUCAGUUUCUCAGUCAGAGCAGUCCCAGCUCCUGAAUGCACUGGGGAUUCUUCAGUCUGUGUGGCUUGCUAUUCAGAUUUUGAGACCUGCGACCGAACUCUUGAAUGCUCUCAAUCGACGGAAUACGAAUGCCCAUCAAUUCCAGCUCCUUAAUUUACUGUAGGUUAUGCUUAAUAUUUUUUUAAUUUUAGAUUCAAAAGAAAGUACUUAAGUAUACCGGUGUAUUACAUAAGAAUAGAUAAUAAAUGUAAACAAAAAAAUAUUGAUUACUUUAUGGGCAGUUUCACCAUAGGCUAUUGCGUACAUUAUAUUUUCAGGUAGAAAAAGUGUCGAUAAUACAAGGUACUAAAAUGAAUGAGUUAAGAAUGAAGAGUAUUGAAUUAAGACAUGUGUUGAGUUAAAGGAAAUACAAAGUUUUGGUAUGGGGUCAUGAAUUUGGUUCAAAUGAACAUAUUGAAAGCAUAUGCAAUCCUACAACAUUGAAUGUUCGUUGUUGCAGUUGAAAUCAAGUUUAAAGUGAUGAAAUUGUGAAUAAUUACUCUCUAUGUUGUAUAGUUCCCUCUCAAGAUUUAUAUUACUUAAGCUUCAAAACAAUUUUUCUUGAAUAAAAUCGACCAAUUUUCUAUUCCUGUUUGAAGAAUAAAUAUAACAAUUGAAUUA